AUGAACGAUGCUGCGAUCAUCUCCAGACUCGGCCUCGCCACCUCCGGGUCUGGGGCCGGGUCCCGCGUGGACUGCCGGCCGCCGACGCCGGCGGUGGGUUUCACGGCGGGGCCGAGGGCGCGCUCAGUUGCGGUCGCCGCCGCCGCCUCCUCUUCUCCGGCGACCGGCGGCGUGGCGCCGGUGCCGCCCCAUUCGAAUCACUCGGUUAUAAAGCGUCACACGCUAUCAGUUUUUGUUGGUGAUGAAAGUGGGAUGAUCAAUCGAAUUGCUGGGGUUUUUGCUAGAAGAGGAUAUAACAUCGAGUCAUUGGCUGUUGGGUUGAACAAGGAUAAAGCAUUAUUUACAAUAGUAGUGUCAGGAACAGACAAAAUAUUGAACCAGGUUGUAGAGCAACUAAACAAACUUGUUAAUGUCAUAAAGGUUGAUGACUUAUCAAUGGAACCACAAGUUGAAAGAGAACUUAUGCUUAUAAAAGUAAAUGCAGAGCGAGAAAAGCUACCCGAGAUAAUGGGUUUGGUUCGCAUUUUCAAAGCAGAAGUGGUUGAUCUUUCAGACCAUACACUAACUAUUGAGGUAACUGGAGAUCCUGGAAAGAUGGUUGCAAUACAGAAGACUCUGAGCAAAUAUGGGAUCAGAGAAAUUGCUAGAACUGGCAAGAUAGCUUUGCGCCGUGAAAGAAUGGGAGAAACUGCUCCGUUUUGGAGGUUCUCUGCAGCUUCUUAUCCUGAUCUCGAAAUGGCAAUACCUUCAAAUUUCAGGCAAAACACUGGUGUGAGGGCAGUCGAUCAGAAUCCAGAUGAAUCUUCAGGGGGUGAUGUUUAUCCAGUGGAAUCUUAUGAAAGCUUCUCAUCAAGUCAAAUUCUGGAUGCUCAUUGGGGUGUUAUGACUGAUGGUGAUCCAACAGGGUUUUGUUCACAUACUCUAUCAAUUCUUGUGAAUGAUGUCCCUGGAGUUCUCAAUGUUGUAACAGGUGUUUUCUCCAGAAGGGGCUACAAUAUUCAGAGUCUUGCUGUUGGUCCAGCUGCAAAAGAAGGAACUUCUCACAUCACUACUGUUGUUCCCGGAACUGAUGAAUCCAUUGGCAAGCUAGUACAUCAACUGUACAAGCUCAUUGAUGUUCAUGAGGUCCAGGAUUUUACUCACUUACCAUUUGUUGGAAGAGAGUUAAUGAUCAUAAAGGUUGCUGCAAAUGCUACAGCUCGAAGGGAUGUCUUAGAUAUUGCUCAGAUUUUUGAGGCACAAAAAGUUGACAUAUCAGACCACACGAUUACACUACUGCUCACCGGAGAUAUUGACAGAAUGGUUAGAUUGCAAAAGAUGCUGGAGCAAUAUGGUAUCUGUGAGGUUGCACGGACAGGACGGGUGGCUCUGCUCCGUGAAUCUGGAGUUGACUCCAAAUACCUCCGUGGGUUUUCCCUCCCUCUGUAA